GAUCAACAAUUCAAGAUGGCAGAGGAAACUAUUUAUCUGUGUAACUUUCGAGUUUCCGUUGAUGGGGACUGGUUAUGUUUGAAAGAACUCAGUGAUGUGCAGUUGGAGGUAGAUGAAUUAGAUCUACCCACCCCUGAGGAUGGAAGAGACCCCCGUACGAUUGAGCGAUGUAACUUGUUAAACGUAUCCAAACUUAUCAUAAAGGAGGUGAUCGACUCCAGUCUGUCUCAUGGUCGCAUGCUGGAUGACAACCACGUUCCACUUCAACAGUUCUUUAUUGUACUAGAACAUGUUCUGCGCCAUGGACUUAAGCCCAAGAAAAGUUUACUACGAGAUCGGCGAGAUUUCUGGUGUGUCCUGGAAACGGUAGAGAAACUGGUUCCCGAAGCUUCCGAAAUAACCACCAGUGUCAGAGAAAUGCCAAACCUCAAGACACCAUUAGGCAAAGCCAGAGCAUGGCUGAGACUCUCACUGAUGCAGAAGAGUCUGGCAGACUAUCUUAAAGUACUGUGUGAGAAAAAAGACCAAGUACUUGGUGAAUUUUACGAGCCUGGUGCUAUGAUGUUGGAGGAUGAGGGGAUGGUUUUUACGGGGUUACUUGUGGGACUUAAUGUCAUCGACUGUAACAUGUGUAUAAAGGAGGAGGACUUAGACCAACCUAUGGGAGUCAUAGAUUUCAGUUUGUACUUAAACAACAGAAUUAAUGAUGACCUAUCACCUGAAAAUGAAAGUCCAGAAACAAAGAACAAAAUGGCUACCAUACUAGAUCAGAAAAAUUAUCUAGAGGAACUGAACAGACACCUGAAUGCAACAGUCACAAAUCUACAACAAAAGCUAGAGAGUGUUCAAACUACCAAUACCCUGUUAAAAGAAGAUCUUGCCAUUGCCAAAAACUCGGUUUUAGAAUUACAGGCAGAAAACGACACUCUGAAAGCUGACCAGGGUUCCAUUGUAGACGACACAAAGAGGCAACUGGAG